AUGGAUGGGAUUCGCAGCUCGACGCUGGUGUUUGAUGUGAUGAAGAAGGAGAACACCAAGGCAAAGGAUGCACCAAUCCGGGACCAGCAGCAGGAGCUGCAGGACAGCCUCGCCCGGCUGGAGGCGCAGGCCAAAGCUGGCGAGGAGGAGCGGCGUCUCAGGGCGCAGGCCGAACAGGCCUUGGCCAAGGAGACGGAGAAGGCUUCGAGCUCGGCGGCUGAGCUGCAGGAGCUGAAGAGGCGAGCGAUCCGAUGCCGCGGCGAACGAUCCCGAUGCGGACUCUGA